AGUAUCAUUCAUACUUAUUGACCAUAGUGAAACCAGGUGAAACCAGCCAAUUAAGUUGAAUGGAGCUUCACAUAAAAAAGUGCCAACGCAUUUUCACACACAGUUUUUUACCUGCCUGCAAUAUCUGUUAAUGAAUAGAUGCAUAUACAUAAGUUAAUGAAUAGAUGCAUAAUUACGCUGUGGUUCGUUAAAAAUUCAAUAGAUUAAGUUUCUCGCAAAUUUGCAUUUCAUCUUUAAUCACGACAACGAUGAGUGUUCCAAGAAAGUCGACCCUCUCUACACUUAUACAAUUGUUGCAUAUUAUUUUGGACAAAAUUUUGGAAUUUAUACUUGGGUGGAUUCUGGGUGUUAAGCGACAUGUAUCAGCACCACAAAAUAAGGAUUACGAAGAACUACUAUCGUCCAGUGCAGUGAAGCUUGCAGGCCUUAUAAGGGAACGAAAAUUACAAUCUUAUGAUCUAGUUAAAGCUUAUUAUGAGAAUUUACUUGUUGUAAAUCGUGAUAUAAAUGCUGUUGUUGACGGUCCAUUUAUAGAAGCAAUUGAGGAAGCCAAGUUGAUUGAUGAACGUUUUAAAAAUGGCGAUAUUACCGUCGAGGAGCUAAAAAAAAAACCAUUUCUUGGAGUACCGUUUACUACAAAAGACAGCACUGAGGUAGAAGGCAAACUACAUACACUCGGUUUGGUAUCACGGCGAAAUGAACGUGGUUCAAAGGAUGCCGAAUGUGUGCGGUUAAUGAAAGAAGCUGGAGCUAUAUUUUUGGCAACUUCAAAUGUACCAGAAGUUAAUAAAUGGAUUGAGACCCGCAAUAUGUUGAUCGGUCAAACUAAAAAUCCAUAUGACUACAGACGCUCGGUUGGUGGUUCUUCGGGUGGGGAAGCUGCUUUAAUCAGUGCUUGUUGUACCGCAUUUGGAUUGGGCACAGAUAUUGGUGGCAGCAUUCGUAUACCAGCAUUCAACUGUGGAAUAUUCGGCCAUAAACCCACCAAAGGUGUAGUCAAUAUGCGUGGAUGUACAUUUCGAAGUGGAGAUGAAGAAAGCACAAUGGUUGCCGCAGGACCAAUGGCUCGGUAUGCUGACGACUUACUUGAAUUAAUGAAAGUAUUAACUGGUCAAAAAAUGCUUAAGGAACUGCAAUUAGAAGAAUCAAUAAAUUUAAAAAGUUUGCAAUAUUUUUACGUACCAUGUAAUAACAUGAUACAAUGUAAUCCCAUUGGAAACGACGAACAAAAUCUCAUGAAGAAAGUUUGCGAACAUUUCACAAAUUUAUCAGGCUCCGAUGUUAAAUUAGCUACAUUGCCGCAUCUAGAAAUGACCGGAAAAAUGUGGCGAUACUGGAUGACACAAGAGCCAGCAAACUUCAACAAAUUGCUGGGUAAUGGAGAGACACUUAAUCCAUUUAUCGAAUUAUUCAAAAAACUAUUUGGGCGGAGUGACUUUACAAUGGCAGCGAUCUAUUCCUUAUUAGAUGCUUUAUUGCCACCAGAAAAUGAACAUAAAAUACGGGAGGCAACAAGGAUCUGUAAAGAAGCACUAGAUGACCUACUCAGGGAUAAUGGUGUAUUAUUCUUCCACAGCUCACCGCGCACCGCUCCAUUCCAUUAUUAUCCUUUAGUUAAAUUCACCGAUUUUAGUUACUUUAGUAUAUUUAACGUUUUACGUGUACCAGUAACUCAAGUACCAAUGGGUUUGGAUUCAAGAGGCAUGCCUAUGGGUAUCCAAGUUGUGGCUUCAGAAAUGAAUGAUCGAUUAUGCUUACAUGUCGCCAAGGAGUUGGAGAGAAAAUUUGGAGGGUGGGUGAAACCAUACAAAUAAAUACAAUAUUUCUAAAUGUUGUCCAAGUGUACUUUUUACUGUGUGACCACUGAAGUUAACUUCACUUUGAAACAAAGUAAAUAAAAUAUAUCCUUUUAUAGGCUAAAA